AAUCCGCUCCGAGGAAAAACCAUCUUUAAGCUAGCCAAAGGAAGAUUAAGAAAAAAAAUGGCAACAUUCAAAGUGGCCAUCCUUCUUCUCGUGAUCUUUUCUUUGGCUAAUAAGGUGGUAGUCGAAGCCAUUGCCCCCGAUUCACAAAUCGAGGAUGGAAGUCCCUAUAAUCCACCGGAGCCCUCGCCUGAGGAGAGGGAAUACUUGGAAGAAUGUGCAAGGAAAAUAACAAACGAGUGCGCAAAACCUAUUGUCACCUAUGUAUUUACCGACGACAAGAAGAGGGUCCCAACGGAAUGUUGUCGCAAAUUAGUGUCGGCAGGACAAAGAUGUCACAAUGGAUUAGUUCAGUUGCUUGCCUCAUUUAAUAAAUAUAGAUUGUUAGCAGCUUAUUUUGUUGCCGAGGGUAAGGUACUCUGGGACGAGUGUGUCUUGGAUGCUGAAUAUGGUGGUCAUUAAGGGAGUAUAAAAUUCGGGGUAACAACAUGGAAAAUCUAUAAUCAAAUAAUAAUGUGUUGAUGAGGAAAACUUUUCGAUUUUACACUUUGCCCCUUUUUACUCCCUCUUGUUUAUGCCACUGCUACUAGCCUUCUCGCUGUUCUUCAAUUGCAUGGUGUUGAACAAGAUAAAUAAUAAUAAUAAAAACAAAAAAGUAUU